AUGUUUGUUAAGGAUUUGAAUUCAUUGAAAUAUGCGGAACUUCAAAAACUAGCCAAGAGUGUUGGAAUAAAAGCCAACCAAAAGGUGGACAAGCUGAUGAAGGCACUAAAGGAGCACUACCUGGAGAAUGAAGAUAGCCCUGAGGACUUUGCUACAGAUUUGACCGAUGUUGAGACAACACCAGAAAAUAAACAGAAAGCUCUUGGACAACGACGUCUUCCAGUGAAGAUUUCAAAGAAGACAGCAGGAAAACUACGUGAGAGUGGUUCGGAGUCUGAAGGAGCUACCAAGGAGCUUGCUGCUAAACUAGUCACAAAGGGUCUGCCAAGAGACAGAGUGAAAAGUCAAGUCACAUCUGCAUCGCUUCCUGCCAGCUCUCCCUUGCUGAGUCCUUUACGGAAGAUGGCAGCUUCUUUGGAAGUUUGA